CUUUGUGAUAUGAACAACUGGGAGAGGCUCUCUCUCCCUUCUCUCUCUCUUCUCUUCUCUUCUCUGUGUAGGUUCGAGGUAGCGAGAGCGGAGGGAAGGAGGAAGCGGAGAUGGCUCCGAAGAAGAUGGGAGUAAACAGCAAGGCGGAGGCUGCCAGGGCUCGGAAGAGCGCGGCGGAGGAAGAGAGGAAGUUCAAGGAGACGCGCGAAAAGGAGGACGCCUACUGGCGGGAAGCCGGGGAAGGCCAGAAGUCCCGCGCCGCCAGGAAGAAGGAGGAAGAUGCCGAGAAACGAGCGGAGGCCGCUGCUCGCAAGGCCGAGGCUCGUCGCAUCGCCGAGCAGGAGGAGAAGGACCUCGAGAAGGCCGGCAAGAAGCCUGACAAAAAGUCGAUGAGGGUCUCCAUUCCCGUUCCCAAGGUCACCGGCGCGGAGCUCGAGCGGCAGCGCGAGGAGGAGCGGCGCCGCAUCCUCCUCCAGGCGGAGGAGGCCAAGAAGCGGCAGAGCCGGAUGGCGGACGAGGAGGAAUACGAGCGGAUGGUGCUCGUUCAGAACACGAAUCGAGAGGAUGGCCUGAUCGAGGCCCAUUCGGUUGAGGACGCCCUCGCGAAGAUGACGGUUGAUCAGCCGCUGCCCGUGGAUCGGCACCCGGAGCGGAGGCUCAAGGCUUCUUUCAAGGCUUUUGAAGAAGCUGAGCUAAUGAAAUUGAAGGCAGAGAAGCCGGGUCUGACUCAUACUCAGUACAAGGACAUGAUAUGGAAGUUGUGGAAGAAAUCGCCGGAUAAUCCUCUCAACCAGGCUUCUGGUGAAUCAUCUGCUUAAAGUGCUGCUUUAUGAUGACGAUCAGAAUCACCACCUGGAUAAUGUGUACGAUACAUGGUUGAAAUCAGAGAUGUAUUCUACAGGAAGGAGACUGGUACUGUCUGAAUUUAGUUCUUCUCUUGCCUUCACAAUGUGGUCUGGUAAUAAUACUCUGCAGCGGACUUAUGUAAAAUUUGAGCAUGAGGGGCUACGACCAAGUGGGUGUUUAUUUUUUUUUGGUUUGCCUUUGAUAGCUGAAGACUAGCUAAGGCACAUAACCCUGUUAUUUGAUGCUUCUCUGAGAAGGAUUUUGCGCACUA